UCAGGCUCACAAGUCCUCAGCCCGCUGCUGCCUCAUGUCAUGUCCCUGCUGUGGAUCUAGAAAGCCUCAGAGUUCCUCUUUAGGAUUUCAUAGGAUCAGGACAGGUGUUGUUGUCCUCUUCUUGGACUAAUACAGCAACUCAACAGACAGAUGCCAGGGUAGGAGGGGGGGAUGCCCUACCAGUACCCAUCACAAGAUGUCUGUGACACAGAGCCCUUUUGCAAUUAUUAGUACCAAUGUCACCGCUGAAGAUGUGGACAAACGAAACCCUUACGUGGUACAGUGGAACAUUGCUCUUCUCGCAAUUGUUUUUUGUUUUGCCACCUUUGGAAACUGUCUGGUUCUCUUCACCCUUCUGAGAAGACGGAAGCACAAUGCCCUCAUGCACACCUUUAUGAUUCACCUAUGCUUGGCGGACUUAGUGGUGGCUUUCUUCCAGGUUUUACCUCAACUUAUCUGGGACAUUACUGACCGCUUUCAAGGUCCAGAUUUCCUUUGCAGGUCUGUCAGGUACCUGCAAGUGGUGGGAAUGUUUGCAUCUUCUUAUAUGAUUGUGGCCAUGACUUUUGAUAGGCAUCAAGCAAUCUGUCGACCUAUGAUGACUUUUAAAAAGGGCUCUGCCCGGUGGAACAUCCCUGUCUGUUUGGCAUGGGCUGCCUCCGGCAUCCUCAGUCUUCCACAGAUUUUUAUAUUCUCAAAAACAGAGGUUCACCCAGGUGUCUAUGACUGUUGGGCAAAUUUUGUGCAGCCAUGGGGCAUUAAAGCUUAUGUGACGUGGAUAACACUGGCAGUCCUUAUCCUUCCCGCCAUUUUUAUUACCACGUGCCAAGUACUGAUUUUCCGAGAAAUCCAUAAUAGCUUAUAUUUAGGAACGGAAAGAUCACCUGGGUCAAGAAGAAAAGAAAAACUGGAGGGUGGAAUAAAUGGAGUGUCACCAGUUUCAGACACAGGGGUGACCAAAGCCAUGUCCAAGACUGUGCGGAUGACUCUUGCUAUAGUGCUAAUCUACGUGAUAUGCUGGACACCAUUUUUUAUUGCGCAGUUCUGGAAUGUCUGGAACGAGAAGUCAGGAACAAGCCACUCUGCCAUCCAGAUCCUGAUGAUACUGGCAAGCUUGAACAGCUGUACAAACCCUUGGAUCUACACCAUCUUUAGCAGCAGCGUCUCGAAGGAUGUACAUGCCAUCUUGUGUUGUGGCUGCAAGAAGAGACGACGAAAGAACUCUCUGCCUGAAGACUCCUAUUUCACCGGGUCCACCACCGUACCGAAGGAGUCGAUGUACUAAACAUGGCUUGGCAAUCAUGUGUAUGCCUUACCUGAACAGUCAAGCUGAUAGGACAGACAUGGAGGACGAUGGUAGUUGAUGAAGACUUUUUGAAGGCCUCUUCAGAACUUCAUGUUCCUGUGAAAUAGUCUUAAUGCACUGCACCUUAUAUGUCCGUAGAGCCGUUGUUUUCGAAGAUGGGUGAGGUUCUCCGAAUACCUGAUCUGCAUAUCUUCAAGUUCUAUUGUUAUUACAUGGAUGUCAUGUGUAAAAAAUAUAUAUACAUAUAAUAUAUUGUAAAUACCAUGAUAAUGGACCUAAGAUCUCACUCUACUGGUGAAGGAAAUGCAACUUUUUUGAAGAACAAUAGGAACUGUUUGGGAGUCUAGGAUGUAGGAGCGUCCUACAAGAAUCACUAUGAACUUCUGUCACCACAUUGUAAAAAAACACAGACUUUGGGUAUGCACAUCUGGACUGAAGUAGAUGACAGUAUCAUUGAUGUCUGUGCAUUUGGGGCUGGGUGACGGCUUUCUGUGAUGCUGUGAAAAUUAAGUGGAUUUGGUGAGAGAGAAUGUCAUAUUUUUUAUCAUGAUUGGUCUACACAAUGUAAUCUGCCAAAUAUGGUAAAUAUGUGCCGUAUACAGUCAGUGCUUAACGUGUACAGAAUAAAUUAAUUUUAAAGAAUUG